AUGGAGGGGGUGUUGAAAUUAAAGAAGGGAAUAAAAGAGCUACCGGUGAAAGAAGAAAAGAUGUGGAAGCAGAGGUCUAGAGCCCUUUGGUUGCAUGAAGGAGAUAAAAACACACAGUACUUUCAUAGUCGGGCGACACAAAGAUAUAGGCGGAAUAAAAUAUGUGAGCUGAUGGAUUCAGAGGGGCAGCGCUGCAUGGAAGAGGAGGAUAUUGCACAGGUCCUAAUUGGGUACUAUCAAGGAUUAUUUGAGUCGGCUAACCCAUGCAGUAUAGAUCAGGCCGUGGCUGACAUCCCACCCUUUAUUACACCCGAGAUGAAUGAUAUGCUCCAAGAGGAAUACACAAGGGUUGAAGUGGAUAAAGCUUUGCACCAGAUGGAAGCUCUUAAGGUGCCGGGCCCCAAUGGCAUGCCUCCAAUGUUCUUCCAACAUUAUUGGCAAACCGUUGGGGAUGAUGUAUCAGCGGUGGUGUUAAGUUGCUUAAAUACAGGUUCUAUUCCUCCGUCUAUAAAUAAAACUUUUAUCACCUUAAUUCCUAAGAAAGCAAAGAGUUUAGGGUUUAUGGCGUUGAAGCUUGAUAUGAGUAAGGCGUAUGACCUAGUUGAGUGGAGUUUCCUUAAAAAAAUUGUGGAGAAAAUGGGCUUUGGUGCAAGUUGGGUGAAGUUAGUUAUGGAGUGUAUUAGUAUGGUGUCUUUCUCAAUUUUGGUGAAUAGGGAACCAAAGGGUGAGAUAAAACCAUCUAGAGGAAUAAGACAAGGUGACCCCCUCUCACCUUAUCUCUUCCUAUUGUGUUCUGAAGGGUUAAAUCGGUUGAUUCAGGGAGUAGUAAGGGAGGACAAGAUAAGGGGUUUCUCGUUGUGUAGGAAUGGACCACGAACUAGCCAUCUCUUUUUUGCAGAUGAUACUUUGAUCUUUUGUAGAGCGGUGAUGGGUGAUCUCCUUGCACUUCAAGACAUUCUGAACUUGUAUGAGAAAGCUUCUGGCCAACAAAUAAAUAGAGGGAAGACGACAAUUUUCUUUAGCAAAGCUGUUUCGGUGGAAAGGAAAGUGGAAUUAUCAAACUUUUUAGGGGUCCUGGAGGUUAAGGAGUAUGAGAAAUAUUUGGGGUUGCUUGCGGUGGUUGGGAGAAAUAAAAGACGUGGAGAGCAAAGGAAAAUUCAUUGGAGAAGUUGGGAGGUCAUGUGUCAGCCAAAUGAGCUUGGAGGUUUAGGUUUUAAAGACUUGGUCAAAUUUAAUGAGGCCAUGCUUGCAAAACAGAGUGUAUUGAAGGCUAGAUCAGUCAUAACUGAUGGUAUGUUAUGGAGAGUGGAAGAUGGCUUAACAAUCCGGGUUUAUUGGGACAAGUGGCUACCUGGGAAAUUCCCUUCCAGGAUCGGUGCACCACAGCUUGCUACCCCAGUCUGGGAAUCGGGGUUUGGGUGGUUGAGGAAAGAUUUCCCAACGGUGGUGUCAUUCUCGGACUUGGUAUCGCUGGUUGGGGAGCACUCGAAGUGGUUGGAGCUCUUUGCUUUUGUUGCUUGGUCAAUCUGGUGCAGGCGGAACAAAAUGAUGCAAUGA